AUGAAUAGUUUUUUUUUGUCAAAAAUUUGGAACUUUCUGAUUGACUGGUGUUACAUUGGUCUCUCUUCCUCAGGUGUGCACACAUACCAGCUGAUGUACGGCUGUGAGUGGGAUGAUCAGACUAGAGCAACAGAUGCCUUCAAUCAGUUUGGAUAUGAUGGAGAGGACUUUGUGUCUCUGGAUUGGAAAGAGCAGAGAUACAUAUCUUCAGUGCAGCAAGGAUUCUCCUCCAUACAGAAGUGGAACCAUGACAGAGGCUUGAUUGAGAAUAACAAACAGUACUUCAAAACUCAGUGCAUUGAGUGGCUGCAGAAGUAUCUGCAGUAUGGAAAGAGCAUGAAGAAAACAGUCUCUCCUCAGGUGUCUUUGCUGCACAAGGAUCCUUCCUCUCCAGUCAUGUGUCAUGCUACAGGUUUUUACCCCAGUGGAGUAACAAUCACCUGGAUGAGAAAUGACCAGGAGCAUCUUGAGGAUGUGGAUCUGGGUGAACUUCUUCCCAAUGAAGAUGGAACCUUUCAGAAGAUGAGCACCAUCAGAGUUACACCUGAUGAGUGGAAGAAGAAUGUGUAUGAAUGUGUGGUGGAACACCAGGGCAAAACCAUCAGAAAGACAGCAGAUGAGAUCAUAACUAUCUCUGGUAUUGCCACCCACACACUAUACAGCUUUUAAAAUGGCUGUCCUUUUCACACUACACAAAUGUCUAUAAAAAAUGGGGUGUCUUGAAGUUGCUGUAAAUAGAACAUUACAUGAGGGAUCGG